AUGUUGGAUUCUAUUUGGAAACCAGAUUUGUUUUUCGCUAAUGAAAAGGGGGCAAACUUCCAUGAUGUCACAACGGACAACAAACUGUUGAGGAUUUUCAAAAAUGGAAACGUACUGUACAGCAUCAGAUUAACAUUAACGUUGUCCUGUCCAAUGGAUUUGAAGAAUUUCCCUAUGGAUGUACAGACAUGCGCAAUGCAGUUGGAGAGCUUUGGAUACACAAUGAAUGACCUUAUAUUUGAAUGGAUGAUGAGCAAUAGCCCAGUGCAAGUCGCUGAUGGUUUAACGCUGCCGCAGUUUAUACUAAAAGAGGAGAAUGAGCUUGGCUACUGCACAAAGAAUUACAACACAGGAAAAUUUACAUGUAUCGAAGUUAAGUUUCACCUGGAGCGCCAAAUGGGAUAUUACUUGAUACAGAUGUACAUCCCCAGCUUGCUCAUUGUCAUUUUGUCUUGGGUAUCAUUUUGGAUCAACAUGGAUGCUGCUCCUGCUAGAGUUGCUUUAGGAAUCACAACUGUCCUAACAAUGACGACACAAAGCUCCGGAUCGAGAGCUUCACUUCCAAAGGUAAGACUAGUGCUCUGCUUUCUAUACAAAUAA